GGGACGGUCGCUGGGUGCCAAAGAGCCGAGCUAGCGGAUCGCAGCGGAAAAGCAAAGAUGUCACAGUGGAUCCUUUGCCUCCUGGACAAAUUAAGGUGAGAAUAAGAGCUCUGGCUGGCUGGAACUGGCCUAGAGGAGUGUGAGGCAGCCAUGGAUAUGGAGUAUGAGCUACUCAACGAGAGCCGCACUUGGCUUUCCCCUCCCUUUGACCUCAAUGGCUCUGUGGUGGCAGCCAAUGGCUCAAACCAGACAGAGCCAUACUACGAUCUGACCAGCAACGCAGUGCUCACGUUCAUAUAUUUUGUGGUCUGCAUCAUCGGACUGUGUGGCAAUACACUCGUCAUUUACGUCAUCCUCCGCUAUGCCAAGAUGAAGACCAUCACCAACAUUUACAUCCUCAACCUGGCCAUCGCGGAUGAGCUCUUUAUGCUGGGUCUGCCCUUCCUGGCCAUGCAGGUGGCUCUGGUCCACUGGCCCUUUGGCAAGGCCAUCUGCCGGGUGGUCAUGACUGUGGAUGGCAUCAAUCAGUUCACCAGCAUUUUCUGCUUGACAGUCAUGAGCAUCGAUCGAUACCUGGCCGUGGUCCACCCCAUCAAGUCGGCCAAGUGGAGGAGACCCCGCACGGCCAAGAUGGUCAACGUGGCUGUGUGGGGGGUGUCUCUGCUGGUCAUCUUGCCUAUCAUGAUCUAUGCUGGGCUUCGGAGCAACCAGUGGGGGAGAAGCAGCUGUACCAUCAACUGGCCAGGUGAAUCUGGGGCAUGGUACACAGGGUUCAUUAUCUAUACCUUCAUCUUGGGGUUCCUGGUGCCCCUCACCAUCAUCUGUCUUUGCUACCUGUUCAUUAUCAUCAAGGUGAAGUCCUCUGGAAUCCGCGUGGGCUCCUCCAAGAGGAAAAAGUCUGAGAAGAAGGUCACCCGGAUGGUGUCCAUCGUGGUGGCCGUCUUCAUUUUCUGCUGGCUCCCCUUCUACAUCUUCAAUGUCUCCUCCGUGUCUGUGGCCAUCAGUCCCACUCCGGCGCUUAAAGGCAUGUUUGACUUUGUGGUGGUCCUCACCUAUGCUAACAGCUGUGCCAACCCAAUCCUGUAUGCCUUCUUGUCCGACAACUUCAAGAAGAGCUUCCAGAACGUCCUCUGCCUGGUCAAGGUGAGCGGCACAGACGACGGGGAACGGAGCGACAGUAAGCAGGACAAAUCCCGGCUGAAUGAAACCACAGAGACCCAGAGAACCCUCCUCAAUGGGGAUCUCCAGACCAGUAUCUGAACUGCCUGAAAAAUAAAAAUAAUAAUAAAACGCCGAGCUCUGCCAAAGUGGCCAUGGGCUCCCUGCCCCCACGCCUCUCCUUCCUCCCGCCCAUCACACCUGGCUUCUUAGAAUAGGGAAUUGCUCAGCAUGAGUCCAAUCAGAGAACAGUGUUUGAGUCUGCUUGUCUGAGUGAAUGAUAAUGUAUUAAAUCCGUUACCUCCCCCUUAAAGCCAACGCUGCAGUGCAGGCAGACAAUUCCAAGUCAGGAGAAGAAGAGAUCAUGUGUCUCCACGUGAUCUGUAGAAAGGUGAAGCUCAACAAAACUAGGAAAGUACGUCUGCGUGCUUAAAACCUAAUAUGUAAUCUUGUGAUCUUAACAUUUAUACUUACCUAUUCUGUUCCUCUCUAAGUCCCUGUACAGUCAUUAGCUACGUUUCCUGUGUUCAAGUACAUGAGAAGCGAGCUAAAGUGUACACGUAUCAUUACGAUAUGGAGCCCACAGACGGGGGCUUGCCACGAAGCCAAAAUAAAGUUUAAGCUUCAGAGAUUCCCUCCUGCUGCGGCAGUGUUGUCACGUGACCACGUGGUUUUGUAAAAAAAAAAAAAAAUUGUAAAAGUAAGGUGUUUUUGU